AUGACUGUGCAUGAUGAAUGUAAACUGAAGUUUGUGGAGUUAAAAGCGAAGAGGAAUUAUCGGUUCAUUAUUUUCAAGAUUGAGGAUCAAGAAGUGGUGGUGGAGAAACUUGGAAGCCCAGAUGAAACCUAUGAGGACUUUACUGAGUCUCUGGCUGCCAAUGAGUGCUGCUAUGUUGUCUAUGAUUUUGAUUUCAUCACUGAUGAGAAUUGCCAGAAAAGCAAGAUUUUUUUCAUUGCAUGGUCACCUGAUACAUCAAAGGUGAGAAGUAAGAUGGUCUAUGCUAGCUCCAAGGAUAGAUUCAAGAGGGAACUGGAUGGCAUUCAAGUCGAGUUGCAAGCAACAAAUCCUAGUGAAAUAAGCCUUGACAUUAUAAAAGAGCGAGCACUUAAAUUGUUUGUCAUUUCACCCUUUUAA